AUGAAGGGUCAUACUCUGGCUGUGCUGGCGUUUAUCAGCCAUGCAAUCGCCUCUGGGAACACUUCCUCCAUGGGCAUCCUUGGCCACAAUGGCGUUGAUCUUGGAACCUGGAGAGCCGCCUACGAGAGAGCGUCCAAAUUCGUCGACAAACUAAACAUCACACAGAAGGUCUCCAUUGUGACUGGUGGGGGCGCCACCGUCGACGGGGAGACCUUCCCGGGGAUGGAUUUCAACGACGGUUCCAUGGGCUUGCUGGAAUACUACUACGUCUCUGCCUUCAGCCAGUCAUCCGCGCUCUCCAUGACAUGGGACAAGGAUGCCGUUACCGCACAGGCUCGCGCUGUCGCACGCGAGUUCUAUCAGAAGGGCGUCCAAGUCGUCUUCGGCCCGACCUCGCAGCCACUCGGCCGGACCGCGUGGGGAGGACGCGCAGGCGAGACAUUCGGCCCGGACCCAUUCCUAAAUGGUAUUAUAACGGCGGAGACUGUUAAGGCGUAUACGGAGGAGGGAGUGGUUUCACAGGCAAAGCACUUCCUCCUUAACGAGCAAGAAACCAACCGCACCAACAACAACAUCGCCGGAUUCGAUUCCACGUCCCACAGCGAGAAACGGAAUUUCCUGGGUCCGUACUCCGCCAACGCGGAUGAUAAAACCCUCCAUGAACUAUACCUCUGGCCAUUCUAUGACGCGGUCAAGAGCGGCCUGGGGUCAGUGAUGUGCGCCAUGAAUAAAGUCAACGGAACCAACAGCUGUGAGAACUAUAGUUUGUUGAUGGGGCAUCUCAAGGAUGAGUUAGGUUUUCCGGGGCUGGUUUACCCGGACGUCAGUGCCCAGCAUGCUGGACUUGCCUCCGCGGCAGGGGGAUUGGAUUACGGUUCGUCGACGUAUUGGAGCGAGUCCGCCAUCACUGCAAUGGUUAAGAAUGACUCGCUGUCUAUGCAGCGGCUGAACGACAUGGCCAUUCGCAAUGUCAUCCCCUACUACCAGCUCAAUCUGGAUAACGGGAAGCAGCCAGCCACGGUUGGGGAAACCGACUAUGUGGAUGUCCGUGCGAACCACUCUCGAUUGAUUCGGGAGGUUGGAACCAAGUCGAUUGUCUUGUUGAAGAACAAGCGCUCUGCGUUGCCCCUCCAGAAGCCCCGGAUCAUGGGCGUCUUCGGUGCAAACGCUGGGGCUGCCAUGGCCGGCCCAAAUUAUGCGUAUAACCCCAUCACUGGGUCGGGUCCGACAUAUGAUGGACAUCUGGCGACUGGAACAGGAUCAGGACAGGCGUCGUUUCCAUUGUUGGUGACACCAAUGGCCGCAUUGACAUUUCGGGCUUUACAGGACGGAACAAUGCUGCGCUGGAUCCUGAACGACACGUACACGUCUAGUGAGACCUCUGCUCUGGGUGCCGGGACAGGAGUUGUCCCCGGGUAUGUCAACUACGCUCAAGACUCCGAUGUGUGCCUGGUGUUCAUCAAUGCCCUGGCCGGCGAAGGCGGGGAUCGCACAGAACUGUACAAUGCAAAUCAAGAUACGACGGUCAAGACGGUGGCAGAUAAUUGCAACAACACAAUCGUGGUGGUUAAUACCAUGGGUCCGCGGCUGGUGGAUCAAUGGAUUGAGCAUGAGAACGUCACUGCUGUGCUGUAUUCGUCUCUUCUAGGCCAGGAGUCGGGAAACUCCAUCUUGGAUGUGUUGUAUGGCGAGGUGAACCCGAGUGCGCGAUUGACAUAUACAAUUGCGAAGAUUGAGUCCGAUUAUAACGUCAGGGUUUGCGAUACCACCGAGUGUGAUUUCACUGAAGGCGUGUACAUCGACUACCGCUACUUCGACGCCUACAACGUCACUCCCCGGUUCGAAUUCGGUUACGGUCUGUCAUACACUAACUUCACCUACACGGAUCUCAAUGUGCCAUCUAUCGAAGCCCUUUCCGUCUAUCCUUCGGGGAAGAAAUCUGUCGGUGGACCUGUGGACUUAUGGGACGUUAUUGCGAACGUCACCGUCAGCGUCACGAACACCGGUGGCAGGGCUGGAGCUGAGAUCCCGCAAUUGUACGUAUCGUAUCCCGACAGCGCGAAGCAGCCUGUGCGCCAGCUUCGAGGCUUUGAGCGCGUGGAGCUGGCUCGCAGGGAGAAGUCGAUGGUGACGUUCCCGAUCCGCAGGCGGGAUGUGUCGUAUUGGGAUGUGGAGGCGCAGCAAUGGGCCGUUAAGGGGGGAGAGUAUACAUUUAGUGCUGGGGCGAGUUCGAGGGAUUUAAGAUUGUCAAAGACAAUUACUAUUCGGACGGAGUGA